AUGGAGAAUCUUAACUUAGCCCUUGUUUCUUCCCCUAAACCUCUGCUUCUGGGACAUUCCUCCUCAAAAAACGUCUUCACAAGAAGAAAGCCUUUCGCUUUGGGGACUUUUCGUGUUUCUGCUAACUCUUCAUCCUCUCAUGUCACCAGGGCUGCUUCUAAAUCUCACCAAAAUCUAAAAUCUGUGCAGGGGAAGGUCACUGUGCAUACUUUUGCUAGCAUUUCUUCUUCAAAUAGUCAGGAAACAACAUCAAUGUUGUCCUGUCGGGUGGAAGUUCAGUCUGAACUCCUGCAGCAAGUGUUGCUGUUUAUGUUACAGAAUAAGCAUCUGGGUAUGGUACAAGUUUGUGAGUUUUUAAAGCCCUUGCUGGAUUUUUCGAUCAUAAGAUUGUUAGGUUCUGAGUCACCCUCUUCUUCAUUUGGAUUGCAAUUGGUAUCGUCUAUGGCAUCAUUCUGUUGCUCAUGUCCGAGUGAGUCCACGCCUGUUCUUAUGCUGCUAACGGAGUGCCUUAAGUAUCUUCCACAUGAGACCUCUGAAGACUAUAGGAAAUUAGUAUUUGUUGUAGAACAUAUGGUGGAGGCGUAUAUAGUGGUACUUAAGUCUCUGGCCGGAGAGAAAUUGCUGAUUGCCGAGGUUCAACUACAUGCUGUUGAAUUCCUGGGAACAGUUCUGUCUCUGUUGAUGUGUCUUCAGUGGCACUCUGGUGGUUAUGAGCCCAUAAUUGAACUCUUAAGGCGAUUGUGUUCUGUUCAGAAAGAUCUCGGUUUGCAAUGGGAGCCUGGUCUGUCAACGAUUAUGGCGUCAUUAUUUACAAUCCUUGUUCAAUCAGAACUUGAGCAUGAACAAAUUUCUAUAUCUAAACUCCUCCUCUUAAUCCUGAAGUGGAAAUACGAUAAGGAUGAUGCUAUUGCCACAAAUACGUCUUCUCCAUUUGAAGAGGUUUUGUUUCUACUUCCCUUUGUCAGCCUCAUGUCAUCUCCUUCUAAAUAUGUGAAAGCACUGGCUACUGAUUUGCUUCUCAUCUUGGAGAAGCUCCUUCUCAAGAUGCUGGUGGCCGUAAGACAUAAACCAAUCAUUGAUGAGGAAACUCAUUAUAUUAGCACACCUGGAAUUAUAGUGUUGAGACUUUUGCGACAUCUGUGGUAUCAGGAUGGAGAAUCUUCUUCCAGAAUUUCCCUUCUGAAUCUGGCUUUAAAGGGCACGCAUGAAAAUGAAGUAAUGCAUGAUAAACCAAUAUCAUGGGCUUCUCAUCUAAGAGGGUUCUGUUUGUCAAUUGUUGAGCGUCGGAAAUCUACAUCGCCUCUCUUGCUUCCUCAAGAAUUAUUCUUAACCGAGACACCCUUACUCAGUGCUGUUCUCAGUGUUUUGUUGAUACAUCCAUCGAUGGGGGCUGCUGCUGUUGACUCGCUGUCUUCCAUUGCCAUUAUGGAUCCCAAACUAGGAGUUCCUUUGUUGCUAGCAAUUAUGUUCUACAGUAAUAUAUUCACAAGAAAUGAUAUCAUUUGCCAUGAUAUGCUGCUAAAAAUCUUUGAAAUGCUGCCAUCACUUGCUUCACACUCAGCAAUGACUCCACUUGUAGUUCAAACAAUCUUGCCAAUGCUUAACAGAGAUGCAAAAGGCUCAUUGUAUGCUACGGGAACUCGAUUGCUGUGUCGAACUUGGGAGAUCAAUGAUAGAGCCUUUGGAAGUUUACAAGGUGUCUUGCUUCCAAAAGGUUUCACUGAUUUCACAUCAGACAGAGCUAUCUGUAUCAGUUUGGCUGCUUCAAUCCGAGAUGUUUGCCAUAAAAGCCCUGAUAGGGGUGUUGAUCUUAUCUUGACUGUUUCGUCUUGCAUUGAGUGUCAAGAUCCUAUAGUUAAAGCUCUCGGCUUGCAAAGCCUUGUCCACCUUUGUGAAGCAGAUGUGAUUGAUUUUUACACUGCAUGGGAUGUCAUUGCAAAGCACGUGCAAGGUUAUAAAGGUGAUCCUAUUAUUGCACAUAGCACUUGCCUUCUGCUAAGGUGGGGUGCAAUGGACGCAGAAGCAUAUCCAGAAGCAUCAAAGAGUGUGCUGUUAAAUCUUUGGGAUUUAGUUACCUCUAGCCAUGGCACAAAGUGGGAAAAAACAAAAAUUGCAGCCCUGGAGGCACUUAUUCAAUAUGAAGUGGCGCAAUUUGAAAAAAAUGUUCCAGAUUUUAAGAAAAUGAAUUUGGAGCUAUUCUUUUCUGAGACAAGUCCCACAGUACUCAAGGUUAUGGAGGAUUUUCAUGUCAAGAUUAUAACAUAUGAACACAUGUAA